GCCAUGAGGGGCCCGCGCUGCGCCCCGCUGCUGCUCCUGCUGCUGCUGCCGCCGCUGCUGCUCACGCCCCCCGCCGGGGACGCCGCAGUCAUCACCGGGGCCUGCGACAAGGACCCCCAGUGUGGCGGAGGCAUGUGCUGUGCUGUUAGCAUCUGGGUCAAGAGCAUAAGGAUUUGCACACCUAUGGGCAAAGUGGGAGACAGCUGCCACCCGCUGACUCGUAAAAACCAUUUUGGAAAUGGAAGGCAGGAAAGAAGAAAGAGGAAAAGAAGAAAAAGGAGGAAGGAGGUUCCAUUUUUUGGGCGGAGAAUGCAUCACACAUGUCCAUGUAUGCCGGGCUUAGCCUGUUUACGGACUUCAUUUAAUCGAUUUAUUUGUUUAGCCCGAAAGUAAUCACUUGAGAGUAGAAACUUUAAAUGUGAACAGCCACAUGAUGUCUGUAAAGUCUAUUUACUUGUGAUUGUGCCAAACAAAUAAUAUGCCAGAAAGAAAUGCUGUUGCUUUCUCAACUAUCCAAGUAACAUUUCUAUCUUUGAUGUUUAAAUGACUUUUUUUUUUUUUAAUUGAAAGAGGAUUUUAAUUUUGGAUACAAAUGUAAAGUGCAGGGCAUUAUGGAACCGGUUCUCAUUUCCCUGUUUGUGUUUUGGUUUGGCUUGGCUCUUUUAAUGCCAAUAACUCACCCAUUUUCACAAAAAUGAGGAGAAUAAGAAUUUGAUACUUCGUCACAGAAACGUUUUUUUCUCAACCCCCCCUCCCCCCAGCCCUGCC